AUGCUGAUCCCAAUUACCACCGCGGAUAACCGCGUCGAUAUUGAGAAGUUUGUGAACACGGAAAUCGACAAUGCCCCUAUGAAUUGGAAAUACGUUACAUCGGAGACGAAGGGGCUUGUGAAAAGCACGCUCGUGGAAAAGAGCGAUGGAAUGUUCAGAUGGACAUACCUACAGUGGGAGCAGCUCAAAGAGUACACAAUAGGCUCCGCUAUCAAAGAGAGACUUGGGAGGCUUCCGAAGACGCUAUCAGACUUGUACGACGAGAUCUACGGUCAAUGCCCCGAGGGUUGCGAACGUACUAUACUGCAGCGGGCUGUAAGAUGGGUCCUGUGCGCCCGCAAACCCAUGGACACCCACGUAUUGCUCUCAGCAAUCAGAGCGGAAACCACGCAGCUUGGCAAUGAGAACUCGUGGAAUAAGUCGGAUAUCAACGAGAACAUUCUGAAGAUCGUCUGUCGGAACUUGAUCGUAUUGGACUCGGAACUUGGAGUCUGGAGAUUCCCGCAUGCAUCAGUGGCAGAGCACUUUGGGGGCAAGGACGAGCCAUGGAUACGAAAUGCCGAAGCAGAGGUGGCAGUCGUCUUGAUUAAUUGCUUGACAGAUAGCUGCUCAAGCGCCCCUUCUGUUUUGUUAUCGGCACGCCGGGACACGGGUCUGAAAGAGUGGAUUCGAAUUUUGCACAGAAGGAAAGACAAGCUCGAUAAUACUUCGAACCCUUGGCAUCCUCUUCAAGCCUAUACUCGUCUUAGCUGGAUGGAUCACAUCCACCAUCUGUCGGACCAAGAUAGCAAAUGCACGGCUUUGGUCCAUGCUUUGAAGCAAUUCCUUGGGGAAAGUCCGCAGCGAGUCUCGAGCGCAUAUCAAAUAUUUGUCAAGUAUUUUAUGGCCAGCGAACCUCUUUACGCCUUAUGCAUGGAAGCGUUUACUAUGUCCAUGACUAAUUCUGUUUUUGGAGUUGUUGCACUGGGCCUCCAUCGAAGCUUGGAAGGAUGGUGGGAAAAGGACCUGGACCAUACGUUGCUACCAGACUUGCUUCUAUGCGCUAUCUCUUGCGGACGUACCGACCUGUGCCUAGAUUUCAUACGUCGAGGGUGUGAUCUCAACAGAGAUGUUGAAAAAAUAAGAGACACUCCGUUGGGCUUGUCAAUUGUGAGACGGGACCUGGAACUCACUAGACUACUCCUACAAAAUGGAGCAAAUCCAUAUCGCAAGCUUCUGCUAGAGGCAGGCGUGGAUCAUAGUAUCAGGUGUAACAGUGGGCAUACUGAUCACGAUAGCGAUCACGAUAGCUGCAAGUUCGGUUUUGGAAGCCCACUAGCUGCUGCUGUAGCCCAGGGGGAAGUCGAUUGUGCUCGUUUUCUACUCGAGCGGGGUGCGAAAGUCAACGCGAUCUGCGAGUCAGGAAAGUAUGGAAGCGCUUUGGCAGCCGCUGCGAGCGAGGGCUGGCAAAACUGCAUUGACCUUCUCAUAGAGCAUGGCGCGGAUGCGAAAAGCAACCUGGAAUUUGGACUGUACGGCAGCCCUUUGGCAGCAGCUGCAUCUUCCGAUGUUGUAGACUGUGUUCGUGUUCUAAUUGAUCACGGCGCCGAGGUCAAUAACUAUCUGGAGUUUGGAGAGUGCGGCAGCGCCUUGGCUGCUGCUAUCUUGGAAUCCCACCUUCCAAUGGUCAAAUUUCUUAUUGAGGAAAAGAACGCAGAUCCCGGGAAACUGGCAUAUUUUCGACCCAGGAGGAAAAAGGAUGAAUGGGCCUGGGGUGGCGAGGGCAUUAGAGAAUGGCAGGAAGAGCCUUGGGCAGAUGAAGUGGCGAAGUAUCUAGUUCAUGAUUGUAAUCUAGAUGCUGGUUUACUGAUGAGUCUUGGUAUCCCCCCAUGGCGGAUGCCAGUUGGUCAUCGGGUAUACCCUUACGAGCCUGAGAGCGAACUACGAGGAUGA